UCUCAUCUCUCCGCCUCUUGUUCUUCCAGCGGAGGACCAUCGACAGCUCGGCGCCACAAGACGGGGAGCAGAACAGCAUCAUGGGAAAGCUGGACGAGGGCCUGGACGACUUCUUCUCCAAGAAAGUCAUAAAACUCAGCUUCAAACUCCCCUCGGUGAGGGGGUCGCCCUCCAGCCCGCAGGAAGGAGCAGAUAAGAAACGUGACUCCAGGAAGAGCGGUUUCUUUAACCUCAUUAAGUCCCGGACGUCCCGCUCGGAGAAGAGCCACGGCGCCGCCUCCAUCACUCCACCUCACGCUGCUUCCUCCGCCAUCACCUCGCCGUCUCCCUCCAUCACCCCAGUGACUGAAGAAACAACGCCGACAUUCCCCGCGCCGCCCCCGAAAAGCCCUGUCACUGUGGCGGAGCCUCAUCAGGAGUUCCACAGGGCUCAAUCACCGGACCACACGGAUUCUGAGGUGGAGGCGUCUCUGACGGCCGCUGAGCCCGCUGAGGAAGAGGAGAAGGAGGAGAAGGAGAAUGAGGAGAGUGUGGAGAAUAAGGAGGACCUGGAGAGGAGGGAGAACCCCCUCAUUCCCCGCCAUAUUGGGGUCCCCGUGAUGGGCAUGGACCUGCUGGCUGAGAUGAAGGCCAGACAGGAGAAGAUGGCCGUGAGGAAG